AUCCGAAACUUCAUUCCAUCUCUUUCUUUUGUUGUAUCACAAUUCUGGACAUGUCCAUUAGUAAACGUCGAUGGUUGCAUGUGUACUUGAAACAUAGGUUAUAUGUAGGCUUUUGAAUAUUUGAUUUCAAUAUGAUCUGUUUCUUAGUAUAGGUUCAAUAUGCUUUCAAAAAUAAUGUCAGACAAACGAAGCUUCAUAUCUAAUCCCUAUCUUCAAGUAUCACUCAACAGAAAUUAAAACCCAACAUGUGAGAAAAAUAGCAAGAAACAGUUGACAGUUCUAUAUUAUUAAAGGCAGAAAAGUGAGCUAGUUUAAAAAUGAUCGUACUUGAUAAAAUGUAAAGGCAACUAAAAAAGAUGAGAAGAAAAACUAACUACCUACUACUCUCGUUUUUCUCUAAUUAGAUAUAAAUUUAGACAAUUAUAUUUUGUUUAAAUUAUGUCGAAAAGAAUGAACAUGGAGACUCCUGUAAAUUUCAUUAAUCCCAAAUUACAUCCGAAGAUAAACUGCUCUAUACCAGCAGUGGAUAAUUAUGAGGUAUCAAAUUUAGUUAGUGAAGAUUUCCUUACCAGAUCUAGAGGAUUCUUGGCCUACAGCACUGUAAAGCCUCCAGUUGAAGUUGAUUUUAUAACAAUUUGUGAUGUAAAUAUACAUUAUAUUGUAAUUGGAACAGUUAUAGGGACUCAAAGAAGUACAGGAAUUGAAAUUUUUAUAAAAAAGAAGACUCAGUUUUUAUCUAUUGGACAUGCAAAUGUAACUGCAGAUGGAGUGAUCUUUUGUAAUAAGAGACUUUAUUCAGCUAAUAAUCUUCCACAUAAUAUACCACAAAAUUACAUUAUUACUUAUUUUAAGUCAUCUAAUUUUGGUGUAACUAGUGACACAGUGCGAUUGAGAAUAUUUCGUACAGAAAAAUCAGUUCCUUGUUUAAGUAAAUUUGAGAUAUGGGGUAAAGUUUCUAAACUUUGUUCUAAUGUAACACUUCAAACAGUUUCUCAUCUUAUUUCAAACAGAAAUACAGUACAUUCAAGUUCAAAAACCCCCUUAGAAUUACCUACGCAGGAUUUUAAAAUUCCAGAUGAAUUUUUAGAUUCAUUAACUUUUGAAAUAAUGUCAAUUCCUGUAACUUUGCCAAGUGGAAACACAGUAGAUGAAAGUACAUUAGAAAAAUUUAUUGCUGUGGAAGCAUCACAAGGAAGACAACCUUCAGACCCUUUUACAGGGCAAAAGUUCACAGAAAGACAGAAACCUAUUUUUAAUGGUUCUCUUAAAAGUCGUAUCGACAUGUUUUUGUUAGAAAAUGCUCAUAAAAAAGAAACAUAUUCAUUAAAAAGGACUCUGGGGGCUCCCAAUUAUUUGAAAAGGCAAAUAGAAAAUAAUAUAAUUGAAAAGGAUGAGUUAAGUGUCAAUAAAAAAGCAAAAUGUGAUGAUAAAAAAGAUAACUUACAGAGCAGCGGUGAUAUGCUAGAAAAAUUAAUUGAAAAAACAAUGAACAAUGAGAAUUUUAUAAGAUUUACAACUGAUUUAGAAGAGAGACAAUAUAAUCACGAAAUAAAAUGUAGAAGUUGUAAUAUGAAAGAUGUUGUAUAUGAAAUUCCUUGUAAUCAUUUAUAUUGUAGAAUUUGCAUAUUGGAUAUGUGUAAAACAUUAUUUUGUAAGAUAUGUAAAAGGAAAUUUCGGCAAUGUGAUAUUAAGAAGUAUAAUUGUAAAGAUAAUAAAAAUAUUUGGAAUUUUUAAUAUCUGUUUAAUCUACUGUUGAGUUAUUUUUGUAAUUUCUAUAUUUUGUAAAAAAUGAGCAUAAUUUAUUACGGUUUGCACCGCUAAAGGCAAAUUAAAGCAUUUCAAAAGCACAUAUGUUUAUUUUGUAUUUCUAGUGCUACUACUUAUA